CGCAUCCACAGCGACAAUGAAUUCUCAAUCUCUACUAACAAGUCUCGUAGACUAUCGUGUUGCGAAUGUCACAAUUCUGAGCACGACCGUUUUGGCGGCUAUAGUGGCGCUCGCCCUGCUAAACCGCCUACUAACUCCCCGCAUCGACCCACGCGAACCGCCCGUCGUGAAACCGUCGAUUCCGUGGGUAGGACACAUCAUCGGGAUAAUUCGUCACCAAGCAGAUUACCCCAGAAUCAUCCACAAUGAGAACCCUCACGUUCAAAUCGCGACCCUCCCAAUGCUCAACGGCAAAGUCUACGCCGCCUUCGAUCCCGCCCUCCUCCAAACCCUCCUCCGCAACAAGACCGCGUCAUUCGAGCCCUUUGUCUUCGACUACGCGAAGAAGACCUUUGCGCUGAAGCAGGAGACCUUUGAGAAGGUUAAAGUUCCGGGCGUUUACGAUGAAUUUACCGAGGCGAUCCAUGCGAGCUUCCAGGUUAGGCAUUUGCAGCAGAUGAAUGUGCAUUUCUUGGGGAGCAUUGCUGCGAAGCUGAACACCGCGACGAUACGUGCUGAUGCGAUCAAUGCGGGAAAGGAGACGGUCACAAAUGGAAGACUACACGUUGAGAAUUUAUAUCUUUGGUGUCGUGAUGUUAUGAGCCUCGCUACAACGCGUUCUCUCUACGGCGACACUGAUCCGUUCAAUCGCGAUCCCUCUUUAAUUGAAGACAUGUGGCUUUUCGAAGAAUCAGUCCCCUACUUCCUCCUCUCUCUCUUCCCCUCAAUUACAAUGCCAAAAGCCUACAAAGCGCGCUCCACGCUGCAAAACAUCGCGUGCAAAUGGUACGCCCAAGACCACGACAUCCACGACCCCAGCGUCUCAGCCCUCGUACGAAACCGCGCCGGCGCACUGCGCAAGAACGGUCUAACUGGGUAUGAGAUUGGCAAGUUUGAGGUUAUUCUCCCGAAUGUGGCGACGCUUAAUGCCGUGCCGACGUUUUACUGGCUUUUGCUGUACAUCCUCGACCGACCGGAUCUUCUUACGCGAAUACGAGCCGAAGCUGAGGAUGCAGCUGUUAUAGAGGAGAAUAAUGGAAAGCGGAGUGCGACGUUUAAUAUUGUGGAUUUUGAGGAGAAGAUGCCGCUGCUGGUGAGCUGUUAUCGCGAGACGUUGAGGCUUGCGAACCAGACUCUUAGCAUGCGACGCAUCCUCCAAGACACGAGCAUCACGACACCCGAGGGAACAACAUAUAUUCUCAAAAAGGACACAGACCUACAACUCCCCGCUGGCGUAGCACACUACGAAGACAGUGUCUGGGGCGCAGACGUCAACGUCUUCAAUCCAGAGCGUUUCCUCCCCGCGUCCAAGGGCAGCGCAGAAGACGAGCGCAAGCGAAAAGCAGCUUAUAUACCCUUCGGCGGCGGUCGCCAUCUCUGUCCAGGCCGAAACCUCGCUUUCGCAGAGAUAGUCGGCUUCGCGUCUGCAUUACUACUAGGUUUUGAGAUUAAAGCUGUAGACAUGGGCUUUGGCGAUGUCAAGAAGUUGGGACCGCAGCUUGCGGGGGGCACGGUGAGGCCUGAGAGGUAUGGCGCUGGGUUGGGGGCCGAGAUACAGAUGAGGCGGGGAUGGGAGGACGUGGAGUGGAGGUUUGAGUGUUGAUGCUUCGAUUGGGGAAGUAAUGUGAUGUAUUAUUUCUCAUCAAUAGUGUUGGCUUUGCUAGUACAGUGAUUGACCCCAAAUUCGAUGGUACAGACGUCGAAAAGCCCUUGUUGUUUGAUGUUUUGUGGUUUUUUGUCGAAAUGCAGAAUAAAGCAAAACCCGUUGAUUGGCCGUG